AGUUGUAUUGAUACAUUAUAGAAUAAUAAUAUUUAGCAGACUGGGUUAGAAAACAAGAACAGCCAAACGCUGCGCACUCAAACCUACGAAACACCGUCGCGAAGAUCUGAAAAUGGCGACUAGGUUGGCCAACAGAGCCUCCUCCUCCAAUCAAUCCCUAAAUUUCCUGCGCUACUCUUUCAAAUUGCUAAGAAACUUCAGCACUUCUUCGAAUUCGACUUCUGCUCAAACCCCACCGUCGACUAAUACCCCUUCCAAGAAAUCGAAGCGACGCAAGAAGAAAAACCUAUUCGAGGUCGCUCAAUUUUUGCCCAAUUGGGGUCUCGGUUACCACUUGGCCAAAGCUCAUUGGACCAGUGUGUCCUAUGAGAUCACCAAAAUCAAUCUAUACAAGGAUGGUAGACACGGCAAGGCAUGGGGGAUCACUUACAAAGACGGAUUACCUGCUGCAGAAGCUCCCAAGAAGAUUAGUGGAGUUCAUAAGCGUUGCUGGAAAUAUCUUCCUGGCUUAAAAAAAUUGAAUCAAAACUUGGUACACUCCCCAAGUCCGACAACAACGACCGAAACUGCUGCUCAUGGUGAAGUUCAAGCUGCCUGAUGGCAUGUUGUCAGCUAAAGCAGCGAUCUUUCGUUCAGAGGACUGGUUUCUGGGACUUCGAGUGCAGUUAGUAGGAGUUCAUUUUGGCUUGGUUGUUUACUCAGAAACUCUGCUGAAAUGAACGUGACAGUGAUCUGAGGGAACAUUAGCAGAAAGGUCCGAACUGAUAUUAUCCAAGGUUUUCGAAACGAUACCGGUGGUUUGCCGGACAAAUUAAUGAAAUGCUAUGUAGUGUUACAUUUGUUCAACUGAUAGUAUACCGGUGAAGAACGUAGCUGAAAUAAAAUAACUUCAGAUUG